AAUAUUUGCCUUACUUGAGCUGCGACACAGGUGAAUUCGGUAACGAAAAUCGUUCCUUUUUUACAUCUUCAUCACUUGGGUUUGCCUUUUAAAGAUUCGGUAAGGUCACCAUUUUUGGUCUUAUAUACGUGAACAUUUAAAGGGUUUCCUUAUCUGUUAUGAUUUCUUCGUGUGGUUUCUUAUUUCAUCUUGUUGUUUUUUGUCGGCCUUUGUGUGGUCUUUCCGUAUUUUCGACCACUCGAUUGAAAACCGUGCAAAAUUUAACUAUUAUCUCAGUCAUCGGAAAAAAAAUUUAAAAUAGUGCUUCCGAUUUGAAAAUUGAACGAGCCAAUUUGUAAAGCAGGGAAGUUUUUAUUACAUAAUUCUACAAACUGCGCAAUUUUAGUAAAUUUUGCGAAAAUUUCCUCCUGAGCCGUAACUAUAGAAACCUAAUUAGCACGCUUGAUUGACAUACUUUCCUUCACUUGCGUAGAACAUGAAAUAUUUAUCGCCCUUAUCGGCGAACGGUUGGAAAGUUGCUAGAUCUGCAUUUGGCGUUAAUUCGCGAGAGGAAGCGCUCGUUAGUUGAAUUCGCGCUGUAUCACAGCGUUAUUUUAACAGAUUUCCCUAUCCUUUUGAUAUUAAAAGGUAAACGAACUUAAACAUGAGUGGAGGCUCUGCAAAGCGCCGGAAUCGUAGCGGAAUAGGAUCGCAAGCUAGUCUUGGAGAUGAACUGGAAAUGCACGAGAAGAACAACAGGCCGCCAUCUUCUCAUUCUCGAAACGCAUGGUCUGACGAUCUACUGAGCGGAGGACACGAUGAGAUUGAUUUCUCCCCUCGCGCGCCGGCCUCCGCAGCCGUCGAUCUUCCUUCAGCUAUGGAGCACGAACCUGUAAACCAUCAAGGUCGUGUCCCAACGGAUGUACGGGCUCCUGGUACGAAAAACGUCCCUGUCGGUUGUUGGACAAGGUUUAAAAGGAUUGUCCGAGGUAAGGAAUGUUUUGUAAAGUAUAAAACGUGAUGUUCUAUCGCCAAAGUGAUCAUAUAUUUCUCCGAAACUUGUAUGGUUUUAAGAUUUGAUCGAUCUGCCCGCUACGAGCUCUGCACUUUUAAUGUCACGUAAUUUGGUAAUUUUCCAUGGUUGAUUUCAUCUAGUAUUUUUCUUUUCUCUUGGGGACAUUUGUCAAGUAUGUUGUACUUCAGUCUUGUUUCGAUAUUAAAAGGAUUUUUCUCAGGGGAAGACAAGUGGAAGAUGAGAACUGUAAUUAAAAAAUUGCAGAAAAUUCGAGUUAGAAUUAGGUUGCGCGGCUUGCGAUCAAUCGACAUUCGUUGUAGCAUACAAACUCUUGAGAAGUUGUUGUCUCAAUUUUUUUUGCUGUUUAUUAGAUUUUGGUUGUUUCUUCGAUUAGUCCCUCUCAUUUUAGAAAAGCCCUGAAAGGGUCUAACUCGUUUCGUAGCAUAUUCGGUUCGCCAGAACGUAAAAUUUUAAUGAAGAUUGGCGACAGGUGUUUAGACUGCAAAUGAUAUUCAUGCCAAUUUAAAUUAAAAUCUUCGUUUUGUAAAAGUAUAGGGAGACACGUUUCUGUAAGUUAUAUCCACGUUUAUUUGUGGCGACUGAGGUUUCCAUUAUAAUCUGUACAAACUUUUAUCGUAAUUUAGACGAAUUGGAAUAUUUCAAAGGCCCGAAACAUUUUUUCGCAGCUUGCGAUCAGAAUCUAGAUCCUGUUGUGUCAGAUACCUCGCCGAUAGGUUUUCAUAUUUCAGCGGCAAUUUUCUCUGCAAUUAAUUAUUUAUGGUACUUGAUUUGCAGUAAAAUUGCACUCGUUUGGUCAAAUUUUGUGGCUUUGAAUUAAGAUCCCGUUUUAUCCGUUUGAAACCGAUUGUGUUUUGGACAUCGUGCUCUCGUGCGGAUUGAUUUUACGUAACAGAGAUCAGUGUUCGAUUUUCAGUGAUAACCGUUGACGAGCUCCACAAAAAGCUCUCAUUUUCCGUUGCUUAAAAGAAUUAAUUGCAAUCUAAUUAAACUUUGCUCCACGAAAGUCUAGAAUUUUCCGCGAAGAGGCUAAAAUUCGGGUUUUCUGUAUUUAAACGGUAGUCUAAGAUAAACAUUACUUAGAACACAGACUGCCUUGAACAUUGAGCCCGUGAUGUUUACUUCGCAGAUCUGUUUAUUAUGAAUUCCAAGUACGAUCGCCACAUUAUACCUAACCUUGUAGGUCAGAGGGAAAACUGCCAGAGGAAAUAUUUCCAAAUAUUACUCUAAAAUAGGACUUUGCUUUGUUUGUUUUUGAAUCAGCAGUUUGAAUGAAUCAAUGCGGGAACUCUAGUUUUUGUUUGUAAUGAAAAUAACAAAUAAUAAUCUAUUGUAGUUACCAUUUUUGUAUUAUGUGGGAAAUUUUAAAGGGAAUUGAAAUACAUAACAAGGCUUGGAGAUGUAAAAGAAUCCAUUCAAAGUUAUCGGGAAGGUUAUUGAUAUGAAAAUAGUAAGAGCUUUUUUGUCAAGUUAAUUAAAAAUGUUUAUUUUUGUAUUUUUUCCCGAUUUCGCCAAUAUGUAAAAAUGCAGCAGCUGUCUUGACAUAAGAACUAGUUUGGAAUGGUUAAACAGCUACAGCAGGUUGUCUUCUCAUAUUCUAACAGUUACACAAAAUUGUUUCAUUUAAUUCAGAGAGCAACAUUUCCUCAAUAUUUGCUGUUUUUUUGUUUGAAAUAUUUGCUUUUCAAGGAGUCCUUUCUUGAUCAUUACCACUUCAAGACAGAUCUGACAGAAAUUUGCAUUUGUUUGAAAUGACACAGAACAGGUUUUUUAAUAAUUUUGGGCUUUUUGCAUCAAGGAAUGAUCAAAAAAAAAAUUAUCUUAAUACUAUCUAUAUAUAUCUAAAUAACUGGUUUUAAAGCCAAAUGCAUCCUGCAAAGCUCAGCAAUGGUUCUGGCAGAAAACAGAAAGUCGAUAUUUUUUUAACAUGCUAGAUGUGGAUGUGUUCAGGCAGCUGUGCAUGGCCAACUUGUCAGUAGAAUUUUGAUGUUAAUUUUAGCCCUUCUUUUGUUGUCUUUUAGGUUUGUGGAGAACCAGACAGACUGAGGAUACUGAUUCUGGCUCGGAGGCACAUGUGAAAACCACCUUGCGAGAACUGGUCAUCUAUUUAGUCUUCAUCACCAUCCUCUGCAUCUGUGAGUUGAAAAAUAAAUUUGUGUGGCUUAUAAUUUUUAUUAUGAUGGCUGGUCAAGUUUCCUUUCACAAAUAUUGAUCAUCUGAGAAAUGUUGUUUUAUCACUGACUUCUUGAGCAUAACCUUUUGCUUUUUGGUGAAAUCUGUUGACCAGUGCUUGCAUGUUAGCUCACUGACUCUCUGAAGUGAUUAAUUAGCAUGCAUGUUCUUCUUGCAUUGUCAAUACAUCAUAUAACUGUUGGCAAGGAGAACUGACCAACAGAUCAGUUAGAGAGUGUUUUCUUAACAUGAAUUGAAAUUCUAUCAAAUAAUUUACUAGGAAAUGUAAAAGAGCUGGAAGGGAGAAUCAUGUAUUGAUCUGAUCACAAAGUGUCAACUCAAAUUGGGAAACAAAUUCUCAACAGGAUAUCAAGUCAGGUGUUGGAAAGGCUUUCACCCUCAACACCCCAUGAUCAGUUGACAAGUUCUCCUUACCAUCCUUUAUAUUUGUUCUAUGGUACUUACAAGGAGGAUUUGCUUUACAAUCAAGAGCUUCUUAACCUCUCUUUCAUUUUCUUUAUGAACAUGACCUUAAUGUUUGAUUCAGGGAUGAUACUGAUGUUUAUCACUCUCUGUUUAAAAGGUUCAAAGGCAAUUUACUAUAUCUGAACUUGUGAGGAAUUGAUCUUCAUGGGUUUAAUGCAAUCACAGACUCUGACAGGGACUGACCCUUUACCUCUCUUAUCGCUACUUCAAACUGGGGAGGCUGAUGUAAGGAGAGCAGUUCCUAAACUAGAAUCUGCAUCCUUUGCAACCUCUCUUUCUGCAAUAAGUCUAAUUACUGAUGAUCAGAAAGAUCAACUCCUCAUUCGUUUUCUCAUCCUUUGGUCCAAUCUGUUUUGUUUCACAUGCAUGUAUGCCUUUAUAUUUUCAAUCUGAAUGGGAAAGGGUCAAAACUUACAGAAAAGUGUUCUUGUCUUUCAGUGACCUUUGGAAUGACAAGCUCAACAAUGUACUACUUCACCAAGGUCAUGAGAGGUGAGUCAUUUUGUGUACGUGGUAGAGAUUUCCUGAAUUUCAAAUAAUUUUGUUGUUGGCUGACUCAAGUCUGUGAAAAAUUUAAUGUGUUUUAUAUACAAUCUUUUACACAGAUUUGUUUGUUGAGACCACAAUGUCAAACAGAAAUACAUUCAAGGACAUUACAACCAUGAAGGAGUUCUGGAUGGUAAUGUUUCCUUACUCGGAACUGAUUAGAUCAAGUGACCACCACAAACCGUAUAAUAUUAAGCCAAGCUUUAAUAAUUAUUCGAUCUAAAAGAAAUACAUUUAUAAUUCGCAAUUAGAACAAACGCAAAUCAAGUCUUUAUCUUGUAACUGAAUUCAAAAACUUCAAUAUAAACUUACUUCUGUGGCGGGUCGUUACAACAGUCUCACUUUACGGGUUAGCAGAUUCUCCAGGUAAGCGGAUUUAGAGACAGAAAAACGAUAACAAAUAACUUCUUUCUCACUUCGAUUCUGCUGAAAAACUGACUUAAACAUAAUAAUCUAACGCUUUUAAAUCAAUCUAUUGAAUUAAUGUCAAUCACGAUUCUUGUCAUCGAAUAAAUCUGUCAACACGAGGCAACGCCUAUUUAUUAAACGAAACAUUCUCCGCCCCGAUAAGGGCGUAGUCCUUAUCCUUCUUGAAGUCAGCCUAAUUUUAUUUAGUCGUAUCCCUCAGCAGGAUAUAUAACAGCAAUCUUGGUGACUGGGCGGCUGUAUUCUCCGGCUGGUGUUUUUACUUUGACAUUACGGACUCGGCCAUCUGUCCCGGGAUACACCUCGAUUACUCUGCCGAUGGUCCAUUUACCUCGGAUAGCAUUGUUGUCCGCCAUGACUACAAUGUCAUCGACUUGAACGUUUCGCCUUUCUGUAUGCCAUGCCUUCCUUAUCACUAGCGCUGGCAGUACGUCUCUGCUCCAACGUUUCCAGAAUGACUCCACAAUUUUCUGCACAAAUUCUACACGGCGUCGCGGGUUUUUCGUGUCUUGAAUGGGCCUUGAGGAACUUCCGGUGUUGCUCUUCCAAGAAGCAUGUCGUUCGGGCAUAAAUAUUUGCCGUCAUCCGGGUCAUUUGGAACACGGCCGAUCGGGCGUUGAUUAACGAGAUUUCCAACUUCUAGCAGACAUGUGUAUAACUCGAACGGACUUAGAACCUGUUCUCCUAUUGCCUUCUUCAAAGCACGCUUACAACUUUUGACGAGUGCCUCAGCACAUCCGUUCUGAUGAGGGGCAGCUGGAGCGGUGAACAGCCAGUUGAUACUUCUUUCAGCGCAGAAAUCACGGAGUUUGUCAGAAUCUAAACCUUCGACCAUUUCGCGCAAUUCCCGCUCUGCGCCAACCAUUUGUGACCCAUUGUCGCUCAAUAGCACUGCCGGGUAUCCACGGAUAGAGAAAAACCUUCUUAGCACCUGGAUAAAUUCCAUUGUUGAUAGGUCAACAGCUAGUUCCAGAUGGACGGCUCUUGUGUUUAAGCACGUGAAGAUGACGCCAUAGUGCUUUCUUGUCUUGUUGCGCCCUAUCUUCACAUUGUAUGGACCAAAGUAAUCGCACGAGGAAUAGUAGAACGGAGGCGUUUGCGGUGCUAAACGGAGAGCUGGCAGGUCUGCCAUCAACUGCGUCUCUGCCUUGUGUGCCAUUUCUCGACAAGAAACACAUUUAAAUUUCACAGCCUUACUGAGCUUAUUCGCCUUCAAGAUCCAGUAUUUUCGUCUUAUUUUUGCAGUCGUGGUUGCUACUCCAGGAUGCCCAUGGUUGUGCAUAUGGCUUGUAAUCAACAGGGAUAUUCUGUGCUCAUUGGGAAGCAGCACUGGGUGUUUUUCUUCGUAGGACACGAUUGCUUUGUCAAUCCUUCCUCCGACCCUGAUGAUCCCCUUGUCGUCUAUAAAUGGGCUUAAUGUCUUGAAGUCUCCAUUCUUCAUUCGGCUCUUUAAAUCCUUUUGAGCACUUUUGAUCCAUGACAUCUCAGCCUUCUUUAACUCUUCAGGCAUGAGAGGUCCUUCUCGUCCGCUGAGUGUGUUUCUUCUGAGGCGUAUCUUCUCUGUUAAUCGCCUUAUCCACGCGGUAACUCGUAUCAGUUUUCGCCAACUGGAGAAAUUCUUCACAUCGAUUACAUUUCCGACAUCUGCAGGCGGGACUGUAGUGACAGCAUUAACGUGGCGACGCUCCAUAUCUCCUUCUUGUUGCAGUGUAGCUGUUUGUACUGGCCAUUGUUCCUCUGGCAGUUUUAGAAAUUCCGGGCCGUUCAUCCAUCUACCCGUAAGCUGCUUUACAUGCAAUCCUCGCGAGACAUCAUCUGCUACGUUUUCUUCACCGGGAAUGUGCUUCCACUGGCUUGGGUCCGAGUUAUUCUGGAUCUCCCCGAUCCGUGCUGAGACAAACGGCUUGAAACUGCGGGAAGGACUUUGAAUCCAGGCAAGUGUGAUGCUGCUGUCAGUGAAGAAUUUGACAUCGGCGAAUUGAAUCGUACACUCUUUCACUAUCGUUUUCGCGAGGCGGGAGGCGAGAACGGCUGCUUGUAAUUCCAGGCGUGGAAUUGUUAGUUGCUUUAGGGGUGCCACUCUAGACUUAGCGGCAACGAAGUUUACUUCAUAGGUGCCUUGUUUCGUUUUCUGGCGGAUGUACGCGCAGGCCCCAAAUGCUUCUUGCGAGGCGUCUGAGAAGACACACAGUACUGGUAAUUCUGGAGUUUCGGGUGGAAUCAGACACCUCUUGAAACCAAUCCGGUCAAGUUCCUUCAUUUCCUUGAAGAGCUGGAUCCACUUAUCUUUUACAUCAUAUGGAAGCUCAUCGUCCCAGUGAAGACCAAUCUGCCACAGUUCUUGUAAACCUAUUUUGGCUCUGAUGACGAAUGCGGCAGCGAAUCCAAUGGGAUCGUAGAAGCGGGCAACUUGACUGAGAAGAGUUCUCUUGGUCAUCUUUACUCCACGGUCUACUGAAUAAUCUGUCAGGCACAGUAAAUCCACUUUAACUUUGAAGCUGAACUCAUCUGUAACAUAAUUCCAAAUCACUCCAAGCACCUUUUCUUCAACUUCUUCCUGGAACAUCUUGAACUCAUUUUCCUGAUUUUCUGUCUUGGUUAGAAGUUUGUUCGACGUCCAGCCCUUCACGCCAAACCCUCCACUGUCGAGUACUUUGUCUAGAUCUCUUGUCAACUUCUGAGCUUGUGCUACAGUGUCUACAGAACCACAAAUAUCAUCCAUGUAGGAAUUCUUUGUGAGCACCUCGGCUGCUUCUGGGUAGUCCUUCUUGUUUUCUUCAGCUGUUUUUCUUAACGCAAUUUGAGCCAUGGCAGGCGCUGGCUUAUCACCAAACGUCAGGACUGUUUUUACGUACACAUCAGGUUCUCUUUCCGUUUCCAAGUUUCUCCACAGGAACCGAUGAACAUGUUGAUCCUCUUCCGGGAUGCGUAUACGGUGAUACAUUUUGGAUAUGUCACCCAUCACUGCUACUUCUUUUUCUCUAAACCUCAAGAUUACUCCAAACAGAUUGUUCAACAAAUCAGGCCCCUUAAGCCAAUAAUCAUUCAGUGCGUGACCUUGAUAGACUGAAGAGGAGUUGAAGACGAUUCGUACGGGUGUGCUCUUCUUCUCAGGUCGAAUAACGGCAUGGUGUGGGAUGUAAUGCACCGGGCCUUUGUAAUUAUCCAUUUCUUUUCUGGACAGCUUUCUUGAGAACUGCAUCUCCUUCAUUUCUUCCAUCUGUUUGUCAUAAGCCACUCCUUUUUCUGGGUCUUUCUUAAGGCGUCUCUCCGUACUUUCCAACCGUUUCAUCGCCAAUGGCUUAUUAUCCGGCAACAGCAUGGGGUCUUUCUUCCAGGGGUAAGGUAUCAUCCACUGCUUGCCCACCUUUUCACACGACUUGGAAAUGAUUUCUGCUUCCUCUCUUUCGGCUUGCGUUAGCUUGUCAGCCUCACAAACACACGGUUUAACUUCUACUCCCAUUGCCUCAGUCUUCCAAAAAUCUGACAUUUCUACCGAUGCAGCAAAUCUUACAUGGUAGACGCGGCCAUUCACUUGUGUUUCUCCUGACGGUCCACCGAAAACUACCCAUCCUAGAGGUGUUCUUCUUGCAACUAGCUGUCCAGUUUGCCUGGUCUGUCCAGUAUGCAUCUGGGCGUGGUCGAUUCCUAUUAGUAAAUCGACAGGACCAUUGCCUCUGCGUAUCCUUUCGCUCUCCAGUCCAAGAAGCUUGGCGAUCGGUCUAAGCGGGACUGCUGACACUUCCUCACUAAUGCGCGGAAUUCCAAUUGCCUUGAUUGAGAACAUCUCGGUGUUGUCUAUUGAUGAUACAGGAACUUGUAAACUUUGGUCUUGAUCGUCUCCUCUUCUCCUCCCACUUUGGUAAGUGUUACGGCGGUGUCGUUUCCUUUGAGUCCCAGUGCAGCUGCUGUUUCUUCGCGGAUUAGGCUGAUCUGCGCUCCCGAGUCAAGGAGAGUGUUGCUUUGCUUUUGGAACCCAUUUUGACCGUAAAUUUUGCAUGUUACCACCGGCAAAAGAGUUUCAUGUGGCUCGGAGAGUGACGCGACGCCAACUUUGACUGCGGUGCUCUUGUGAAGCAACGGGUGAUGAAAAUGCAUGCAUUCCCUUCCGUUCUCGGUUUUCGUACACUUUCUACGUCUCCUACAGUUGUCAACUCGGUGUUCUCUUCCGGCUGCUUUCAUGCAGCUAAAGCACACAUGGUUUUCUUUGGCGACUUUUAUACGUUGGUCGAUACCGAGGGCAGCGAAUUUAGGGCAUGUAUCUGGCCAAUGGGACGAGUUUUUACAGUACCAGCAUUUGUACCACUUCUGGUUGGGAGCUUCGACCUGCAAGGCAUAGACUGAUCUGCUAGAUCUCAAUGGAGCAGUAGCACGCAUACGUGAUUUCAUCUCUACGUCCAUCCACUUCAUCAGUCGCUCUAAAGUUGCUUUUUCUCCCUGACGCUCCAAGUCUCGUGACCAAACCUUUCGAUCAUCCGAACACAUUUUUGCUCAAUGAUAGAUAGCAUGUGACUGUUGUCCAUGUCAUUUUGACUUCCGACCUCCUUCAGAGUGUUGAAGCUUCGUUUAACCAAAUGGACUAAGUCGCAAAAUCUUGCAUCUUCUCCUGGUUGCAGAGCUCUAAACUUUACUAUGUCUUGCGUGAUGGUGUCGGACACGAACCUUGGAUCUCCGUAAAUAGAGUCCAAAUAAUCCCACGCUGCCUUAUAGUCCGAACCUAUCCCUUUGAUUAACUCUAAUGGUUUAUCUUGCAGACAUGUGCGAAGAAAAGUUAUUGCAUCUCUUUUGCUGUAUUUCGAUUCUAUCGCGUGCUUAAAAUCGGCGCGAAAAAUGGCAUAAUCUCUUACGUCUCCGGUAAAUUUAGGCAUCUUUGGCUUUUCCAUCUUAAAACCACAGGCGCCGGUUGUAGCAUUGGGGUUUACUUCAUGUCCGGAAACAACGGAUGUGCCUUCAUGGUCUGGUGUGAAAUUAUCAUUACCGGAACUUGUACUUUGAUGGGUGCUAAUUGGAUUGAUUGGAUGAUCAUUAUCGCCAGAACUUACACUAAGCGCGUCUUCUUCUAUUUGCAUAUUCAGAAUUCCACUACUUCCCGGCUCACCAACACCACUAUUUUUCGUUUUAGAUGCUGUAGAUGUAUGAUUAGUUUUCAUCGGGGCCUUUUCCUUACUGAAGAAAGAAUCCAAAUAUAUUUUUGCGUCCAUUUCCAUUGACAUAAAGUCUUCUUGGCAUUCCCCCAUCCAUCCCUCUUGCACUUCGAACUCAGUGUCAUCUUCGAUUAAACGCGAAUAAUUUUCAUGCUUCGCCACAAGAUUGUCAAAGGCUAACUGCAGUUUACUUAGACCAUCUCUUACCUCUUGCUCUGGUCUUUUCGCUUCUAUUAACUUCGCUAAGGACUUUCCACAGCGUGUGAGCGUUCCUUUGGCAGUCCUCCGAUCAGUUUUGGCAGUUUUCAGGGCUUCCUCCGCCAUGUGCUCAGGAUUGCGUAGUUCUUCGUUACAACCCAGAAAUCGAAUGUAAUGUUUCCUUACUCGGAACUGAUUAGAUCAAGUGACCACCACAAACCGUAUAAUAUUAAGCCAAGCUUUAAUAAUUAUUCGAUCUAAAAGAAAUACAUUUAUAAUUCGCAAUUAGAACAAACGCAAAUCAAGUCUUUAUCUUGUAACUGAAUUCAAAAACUUCAAUAUAAACUUACUUCUGUGGCGGGUCGUUACAACAGUCUCACUUUACGGGUUAGCAGAUUCUCCAGGUAAGCGGAUUUAGAGACAGAAAAACGAUAACAAAAUAACUUCUUUCUCACUUCGAUUCUGCUGAAAAACUGACUUAAACAUAAUAAUCUAACGCUUUUAAAUCAAUCUAUUGAAUUAAUGUCAAUCACGAUUCUUGUCAUCGAAUAAAUCUGUCAACACGAGGCAACGCCUAUUUAUUAAACGAAACAGUAAAUAAUUUCAAUUCUUUUUCCUUCCUUUCCCAAUCUUAUAUCAUGCCGUCAAUUCUGAUCUCUCCUCACUCUGAUGUGUAAUUCUACUACUUCACAUGUUUUUUUUGGUUACUCUCUCCAUAUCAGUUUGUGUAUUUUCCUCAUGGCUUGUGUUAUUUACUAUGGAAUUUAUGAACUCAAGAGAGAAAUGUUUUACUAAGCAGUGUCAUUGAAGGGGCACAAUUUAAAAUCCCCAACACCAGAUAAUGUUGCUCUAUCUGUCAUGAAAAUAUGUUUUGGAAGGAAAGGCAUGCUGAAACAACAUUGAAAGAGGAAAGUUUACAGGAAUAAUAGGAUGCAUGAGUCUGGAUUGAAAAUAAAUUUGUAUUUGACUUAGUUGUCUCAACAGUUUGUCCAAAAUUAUAGAUUAUUUUAGUCACCUUCCAUGAUUUGAUUCCAUGUGUUAUAUCAAAGGUAAUUACUUAUGAAUUCCUUACCCCAGCCUACAACUCUUUACACCUUAACAUCAGUAUGCAUAUUCUGCAUAAUCUUCUUCAUAUAUUUCCUAAAGUGCUGACAAGGAGAAUUUGUAUAAACUUCAAGAGCUUCUUUACUUGGUCAUCAUUUCCUUUAUUCCCAUUACCUUUAUGUGUGAUUCAGGGCCUGGUCCAAUUAGCACUAACCCAAGGUUAAAUUUUAAUUGAGUUUUGUUAUUCCUUUUGUUCAAAAGCCUUUUUCGGAUAAGUUCUUAAAUUCAUGUAAGGCAUACUUCCAAUUGUCAAAUUGUAGACAAAAGGGAUGGUACUGAAUCUUUUUUUUAUUUAAGCUUUCAAAUCUGAAAUCAGAUUUCACACUAACCCUGGGUUAUCUUAACCCACCUUGGGUGAUGUUGUUUAGAGAAGUUAGGUUUUAGUCAGGGUUAAGUUGUUCUUUGUUCCAUUGUUGUAGUAUGCAGAUGGCCCUCUAGCAGAUGGAUUGUACUGGGAACAGUACUACAAUGGCAAAAAUGUAUCACAAGAAGAUCUCGGUUUUAUUUACUUUGAGAAUAAAAUCCUUGGACGACCACGCCUGAGACAACUCCGAGUGAAGAACGAUUCUUGUGUGUAAGUGCAGUGCAUUUUAUUUAUUAUCACUUUGCAAUAAAAUUGUAAAUGAUAAAAUAUUUAAUGAUCGUACCAUAUAUUUCCCAAAUCAGAACAAUUAAGAUCACAUUUUAAGAAUAUUUUUUAAACAUAUAAGACAUUUCAACAUAGCAUUUACAAAUCUGGACUUCUGAGAUACCAAAGAAUCUUUCUAUGAAUUGAACUUCUCUUUUUGAACAAAAAAAAAAAUUGUGAAAUUCCAGGCCAGUGCUUAUUCAAUCAUUAACAACAUUGUGGGCCUAUUGGAAAAACUGUGGAGCAUUUCAAUAAGGAUAUUUGUGGACUAUAAGAACAAUUAUUUCCCCCUAGUAGGUGUAGUUAUAAAUAGAUAUUUUGAGUGGGUUUAUAUUGCAUAGAUAGAUUGUAGAGAUUUGCCCAUGUUUGUUUUUUUUUUGGUUUUUUUUUUUUGUGCCACAAUCAUCAUAAGUUUUAUACCUUUGAAGGUGUGUCCAAUUCGGGAACAAUGUUUUGAAUUGGAAAUGUGUACUUCAUCAGAUUGUGCAAUUUUCUUGUGUUUAUUGAUUUCAGUGUUCAUGAUGAUUUCAAGAGUGUUAUCAAGGACUGUUAUGCACCCUAUGCCCCUGGGAUAGAAGACCAAGACCCGUUUGGUGUGGGGAAUGGAUCUGCGUAAGUGAUCUCUUCUUGUACAGUGAAUGUAGGACGUGAACAUCCUUUUCCUAAUGGGUUCUCACAUUUUCCUUUCCAAAAACCAACAUUCCAAAUUUUAAUUUCCACUUAGACAAGGGUAGGCAAAGAGCUAUAGCUAAAUUCUAAGUUAUUUAUCAAUCAAUAACAUAGUAUUUAUUUAGUAUACAAUCACAAGAAGGAAGCGGUAAAGCUUUGAGAAAGAUAGCCCUUACAGGUAGAAUCAAACAUCCUCUUCUCUAACACAGAUGGGAAUACAAGACAGAGAAAGAACUAGACGGCCGAUCACACUGGGGGAGAAUUACCUCGUACAGUGGAGGUGGGUUCACAAUGCUUUUGGAACCAAAAAGGGCAGCCACAAAAUCGAAGAUUGCCGACUUAAAGGUAAGCAGUCACACACAGAGUUUUUAAAAACAGUCGAACUCUUGAAAGUGCAAUGAAAUUUUGAAAGUAACUUAGUUUCAAAUCCUGGAAAAGGUAUCGGUAGUAUAGAUGAAGUUUUGACAAAAAUGGAGAGGUUUGCUCAUGUCUAGAAGUCAGAGGUGCCUGAUUGUUGAGUUAGACAUAUGUAAGAAAGAGGAAUUAUAUAAAAACAACCUUGGCCAAAAACUUGGCUGCAGUGAAUCAGCAGCUCAUUAAGGGGAGAGUAGCGAUGCUUCGGUUGGCUUCCUUUAGCUCUAUGAUUGGUCCAGAAAACACGCACCACCUCUUAGCUAAUCAGAUGCAAUUUAAAAACAAAUGCUACUUGGUCACGUGUGUUUUCCCGCGCUUCAAGUAGAUUGCUUGUUUCUACUUUGAGUUUUCAUUGGUUACUUGGGAUAUUUCUUUUAAUCUGAUUGGCUGUAGUAAUUACUUUGGUGUUAGUUCACAACAUGCAAUCGAAAUGAGCUCUAAAAGUGAAAUUUUCUUCCAGCAAAACCUGUGGCUUGACCGCGGAACAAGAGCGGUGUUUAUGGACUUCACCGUUUACAAUGCCAACAUCAAUUUGUUCUGCAUCAUUAAGUAAGUUGUUUCUGCCCUUGAAGGUUUUUAAUCCUUUCAGUCCCAUGAGUGAUUUAGACUCGAAUUCGCUAAUAUAUUAUCUAGCAAGCAGGUUAUGAAAAGCGAAGAAAUAUCCAUUAGAAAGAAGGCGUUAUCUCGAUACACGCUAGUCUCUGAAAAAUAUACUAGUGCUUACUUAUUCCACAUUGCGCUCGAAAUUUUAUUUUAUCACCCACACCAAUAACAAGUUUUUCCCCUUUCUCCCCUCCCAGAUUGGUAUUGGAGUUCCCAGCCACAGGAGGUGUGAUCCCAUCAUUCAACUUCCGCACAGUGAAGCUGAUUCGUUACGUCACCGAUUUCGAUUACUUUGUGAUGGCCUGCGAGGGAAUCUUCAUCCUUUUCAUCAUAUACUACACCAUAGAAGAAAUCCUUGAGAUCACGAAACACAAAUUGCAGUACUUCAAGAGUUUCUGGAACGUGCUGGAUGUAAUUGUGAUCUUCCUUGGAUACGUAGCAGUUGUCUUCAACGUCUACCGAGCAAUCAAAGUGGGCGACUUGUUGGAGACGCUCUUGGCAAACAACAAUCAGUAUGCAAACUUUGAAUCUCUCGGCUUCUGGCAGACACAGUUCAACAACAUGGUCGCCGUGGCUGUGUUUUUCGCCUGGAUCAAGGUGGGUGCUUUCGUGAUGGCUUCCGAAAGCAAAGUGCAAUUUUAUGCCUCACAUUGCUCCGGCGACGCAUUUUCUCGCCCUUUCUGUCGACAUUGUAGUUUCCUGGGCUUAACGCUUUGGUCAGCAUUUUCUUGUAAAUAAUACCUGCAACCUUUUCUUAAGUUGAUUUUUUUUUGUAUCUUUUUGACAGGUCUUCAAGUACAUCAGCUUCAACAAGACCAUGACUCAGUUGUCAGCAACGCUGAACAAUGUAUGGUGAUAUUCUUUUGUAGUUUUACUACUUCAUUCACAGCGAAACCUAGCUCGUAGACCUUGACUCUAAACAUUUCUUCUUUCCAUCAGUGCGCCAAAGACGUUGGUGGCUUUGCUGUCAUGUUCUUCAUCAUCUUUCUCGCCUACGCGCAGCUGGGUUACCUGGUCUUUGGUACUCAAGUUCGGGACUUCAGCACCUUCGAGGACGCCAUGUAAGAUAUGAUUUUCUUUGCCAAAUUUCCGCUGGGCGGGCGCGCGAGAAACACUUCCUUACCGUAAAGUGCGACGCGAAAGCCACGAUUGCCUUGUGGUUGGUGUGCAGGGCUCUGGAUCCAGAGGUCUGGGCUUGAGCACAAGGCAGUAAAUUGUGUUGUGUUCUUGAGCAUGACAUUUAACACUUACAGUUCCCCUCUCCACCCAAAAGGGUGAUGUGAUGGAUGAGCAUCCCUUCCAUGGGGAGUCGCAAUCGUGCUACUGAAACUGGGAAAAGCGUAGUUAGUGAUGGGCAACUAUAGAUGCAAUCUCCUACGCGCACUAAUACUUUCUAUGAUCUGAUGCACUUUUUAACGUCACACAAGCGAAUUACCACUUUUUUUUUUCUCUAAAAAUUUGUGUUUUGAGACGGUUUUUAAUUAACGCAAGGUUUUUAUAAAUUUUUAUUUUAGUUUUACGCUGUUCCGUAUAAUCCUUGGUGACUUUGACUUCCACGCCCUCGAGGCAGCCAACCGCGUACUUGGACCGAUUUUCUUCAUCACCUACGUGUUCUUCGUGUUCUUCGUCCUGCUGAACAUGUUCUUGGCCAUCAUCAAUGAUACUUACGCUGAAGUCAAGUCAAACAUCGCCAACCAGAAGAGCGAGUUCGAGAUCGGUGACUACUUCAAGAAGGUAAAUGGUGCACAAUUCCUUUUUUUUUUUUUAUUAUUUUUUUUUUUGUGGUAGCCGAUAAUUUGACACCUAAAAGUUUACUCACCUCCUUUGCAUCGUGAGUGAUGCAGCUUAAAUUUUUCAAGUUUUAAACUACCCCAUCCUUAGAUACUUGCUUCCCGGGGAUUUUGUGGUAUUUGUCUGUAUUCCCCUGUUCCUGUUUUGGGGUUUACCACGGUAUAAGAACCUGUGAAGUUUUUUCUUUGUUUAACGCCAUUAUUUUGACUGUUUGUUUCCUCAGCUCUAAGUCACUCGUGCAAAUAGCAGGUUGUUAGGCCGAGAAUGAACCAAAUAUUUUGAGUUUCUCGUAUUGCACUAUCGUUUUGGCGGCGCUGGGAACCCGCGGAAAAAAAAAAAAAAAAAGCAAAUCAGCGUAUUUAACGUUAGUCCGUUUGAUUAUGUAAUAUUACAUCUCUUGUAAAUGUUAAGAGAAAGGAACACUUGGAGGCGUUUCAAUAUAGGGAUGAAAAGCAAAAUUCUCCGGAAAAGAUUAAGAGAUUGUGCUAAGGUGACUAUACUUACUCUAAAUGCACAUAAUUGGAUGCUUUAAAUGGGUCUAUUUUCUCUUGUUGUCAAAUUAAUACUUCAAAGUUGAACUCGUGGGUACUCUACGAUUAUGGUCCGUAAGAUUUCGUUUUCUGCAUUUUGCUUUAAGGUGAGUGAACUGAAUUCGAAGAGUAAUUUUUUUCUUCCUGUCCUCUUUCCUCGUAAGAAAAGUUAAAGAGAGAAAAUAAUCGGUGAAGUACUUUAAAUUUUGCAAAUCGCAAAUCAUUUUGAAGAAUCAAUUAGAAGUAUUCUGUACAACAUUCCUAAUAUUGCCAUUCCUUGCUUUUUCUGAUAUUUUGACUUGGUUGUAAUUUUAUCCGGUUAUGCACACGAUACAAACUGUAAAAAUAGCGGUUAUUUCAUAAAAACUAAUGCGCGAUUGAACGAUUGAAGAAUGGUUACGUAAUCAUAAGUAAAUGUGGUUCUGGCGUUGGUUAAAUUUCCGUUUGUGAUUUAAAAAAAAAACUAUGAGAACAUCUAAGGACGUAUCAAGCUUCUUUUGUUUCCCUCGAUUUUUUUUUUUUUCUGUUUUUUCUUUUUCUUUCGUUUUUUCCCUUUCCUUUGACAAGCAGAUCCACUCGUCUACAGUUUAUCGAUUUCAACCAAGGGUUAUAGACAUUUUGUUAAUAAUAAAUAAAGCUGUCUGGCUUUCUCGUUGAAUGCACUGCUUCCUAAAAGAUUAUUUAUUUCGUUCAUCUAUUGUGUAUUUUGCUUCUUUUUGUUUGGCGCCGUGUGAGAUUUUUCCGACGCACAAUAACUUCUAUGGCGAGUUAUAAAUCAAGUUUUUAUUUUCUAUUCCGUGACUGUAACCAAAAAAGAGAGAAUUAUGAAUUUCGCGUCUUUUUAUGUAAUCUUGGGUUGGCUCAACACGAAACUGAAUGGCCUCGGUAAGAAUAUUUUCAUUACGCUAUCCCCUGCAAAUGGCAAAACAUUAACGGCAAUAAAGAGGCACAGGUGUUUAGAAGUGUAACUUUCUGUAAGUAAUGUCAUUUUUUAUGCAUGUCAUACUUUUGACAGAGUAGUCAAGCGUGCAGCGUUCCCGAGCAACCGUAGAGCAAGUCGGCAUUUAUUGGCUUUUUUUAAGUAAACGGUAAAAUGUUUCUUGUUUAUUAUUGGACACUUGACUUGCGCCUCCUUUUCACCCCGGGUUGCCGCCAUCAAUGACUGCCCGGUGGCCUGUUUUUGUCCGAAAUUAUGCUUCAGGAUCAAUUCGAAAGCCACAACUUUCUGUAGCCGUUUAGUUUUUCCGCGAGUCGCGGUUGGUAGAUAUUGCGAGUGCUGAGGAGUACAAAACGAGCAGUGGUUUCAGCUUUCUAAAUUUUUUGUUUAUUUUUAUCUCAGGGAUACCAGAAGAUGUUGGACAAAUUGUCCUUCAAACGCGAGAAGAUCCUCGACAUCCAGAAAGCACUGAAGUCUGCCGAUGUAAACCAAGACAACAAGCUCGAUUUCGAAGAGUGGAGAGCAAACUUGAAAUCGUAAGCACAACCGAUGUUUAGCGCCUUGAUAAUUUGUAUCUUCUGCAGUGGACACUUAUAUUUAUUUUCUUUGGAUGGUUAUUUAUGUAGAGCCUCGCUGGAAGCUCUUCAUGAAUAUUCUAAAAUUGCUUUGCAAUAUCUUAGUAAGCGGGGUUCUGUUACAGGUGUCAACAUCAAACCUCUUACGUUCUGUACAACAUGAACAUGUAAAAUUACGUAAUUUCUUUACACGUUAUUUCGACAGGCUUAAGAAUUGCGAAAAUGUUCAAAGUUGCUUAGGGUUAUUUAUGCCGCAUUUAUGCCGUGAAAUUUUUAUUGCUCUAACAGUCAUUAAGAUCGCCCUCUUUGAUUGAAGUUGUGAAGCAAUUGGAAUCUUGACUAUCUUAUUUUAGUUAUAUUUUCAAGUUCCUUUUUAACUGCUUUUAUUUCUUUUGUAAUGAAUCAUUUCUUUCCCUUUGGAAACGGUUCGAGAAAACACCGCCUCUUUAGAAUUCCUUUCUCAAUUAAACGGGGUUACUAUGAGAACAGGUCUAGAAUUCUCCAGCCAUAUGUCCUAUUCUCGCAAUAUGUCAAAUACGUGUUUGUUUUGACUGUAAAUUCGUAAUUUGUAAAUUGAAAUUUGAAAGCUUCUCCAAAAAUGUCACGAGGUUAAUAUAACUAGUGAAGUGUAUUUUACGCAACUCUCGAAAUGCUAUCUCACCAAUGCUUACACUUAAGACAGUAUGAAUCGAAGAACAGAGCGAAAGUAACUACAAAGGUUGAAAUGAGGGGUAACAUCCUAAUUCACCCAACUUUUAUACCAGAAAUGUUAGAUAGAUUUUUGUUGUGUCGUCUUUUCUUAGCCGUGGCCAUGCUGAUGCAGAAAUCGAAGCGGUGUUUGCCAAGUACGAUUUAGACGGCGACAGAAUCCUGGAUGAAGAAGAACAGAGGAAGAUGCAAGAAGAUCUGGAAGGACAGAAGGUCAGAAACUCAAUUGUGAAGGAUUAACGCACUUUGAAUUUUGUAAAAGUUUGCGUUUCCACCAAUCAGAUGCAAGACUAGAACCCAUGGGUACUGAGACCCACGCGUUUUCCUGCGCUUUUUAAUUUUACGGAUUUCCGUUGGCUCAUUGGCCUAUUUUACUGCUCAGAUAUUCCGAUCUCGCGACUCAAUCGAAAUAUCGUUUACGCAACCACUGCGAAAAGGGUUUAUGGUUGUUAUUUUGUAUUAAUUUAUUCUCGCUGGCAGGCUGAACUGAACGAAGAAAUCGAGGAAAUGGAGCGGGCCAAGGAAACAAAGAGUGGAAGACCAAAGAGUGCAAACAGCAAUGUGAGCAGCGAUGACAGCGACGAUGAUGAGGGAUCCACUGGUGGAUUGAGUGCGCGCGCAGGCUCAGCUAUCGCUCGACCCAGUGCUGGAGGAGGCGGAGUGUCUUAUGAGGAAUUCAAUGUGUAAGUUUUUGAGCCUUCAAGGUUUCGUACUGGAAGCUAUGAGUGUGAGGGGAAACGUUUACGAUAUAGGGGAGUAAAGAGCUACCGGGGAAACAUCCCUUUCAAUACAAGGAUUGCCUGUGAGGAUCUGCUUUAUGUUUUGUGAUUUACAGCAUUAAAAGUCUUCCAUGGUUGGCCGUUGGAAAUCUUUUCUAUUUUGCCCAACAUGUCGUAAAGAUUAUUUCAAUUGCGUAGUGAGCAAGAAUACUUCGGUCCAAAUGUCAAACUUUCCAAACCUUGCACGUUCCGGAAAAUUUGUCGGUAACAAACCUGCUUUUACUUGUGUUUCAGUCUUAGCCGCCGAGUGGACCGAAUGGAACAUUCCAUUGGCAGCAUCGUGUCCAAGAUUGACGCAGUCCUCGUCAAACUCGAGGCCAUGGAGAAAGCCAAGCUCAAACGACGAGAAACCAUGGCUAAACUGCUUGACUCGAUCGCUGAUGUAAGUAGAAAUCGAGUCAGUUUUCCUCGAAGGAACUUGUUUUGUGUUUUAUACCUUACUGAAGUUACGUAUUUUAGAGUCUUUCUAGUUGAGAAAAGUUAAUUUUUAAUAACUUUCUUCCUAUUGUAACUUUUUUCACUGAUGCACCGCACUUACUUUUACUGACUACAGAGCGAUCGUAGUGAGCGCAGUGACCGCGACUUGAAACGAGAUCAGAUGGAAAGACUGGUACGAGAGGAGUUGGAACGCUGGGACAGCGAGGCAUCCAUGAACCGCGGCGAGACCAGCCCCACUGGUUCCCGGGCUCCCACAGCAAAAUCGAGCCGUGGAUCCUUGUCCCGAGCUUCCCAGGCCUCCGCUGGCUCAAGGAUGCAUGUAAGUAGUUGAGCUCUCACUCAUGUUUGUCCUCAGAAUUUUCCUUAAAUAUUUUUCUACGAUAGUGGUAUUGCAACGAAUUGAUAUCUCUCGGAGAUUAAUUUACAUCUUCUCUUAGCAGUUUGUUUGGUAUCGUUUUGACGUAGUGAAAGGAAUUGCAAUGUUGAUCACUAACUGUUUGAUUCUAUCGUUACAGGAACGCGAUCGCGACGGAGUCCCACCCGUGUUCAACGAACACACAAAUGUGUAGAGUUCCCAAGGAACGAAGCGUUUACCACUAAGGAAGCUUGUUCGAUGAGUCUUUAAAUAUUAAGAUAACCCAUAUGUAUAGAGUAUAGAUUUAAUUAUUUGUCACUAAAAGCUCAUCCGCUAUUCAAGCAUCAUUUUUGUUUUCACAAUGAAGAGCUUUUUGUCUUUGUCUUCGCUUUCAUUUACCAUAUGUGUUCCGGUGCAAUUCAUGCAUCGAUCUUAACAGUCACAAUUUCACACGAUUCUAAUUGGAAAGUUUUCUCUGUAACCAAAAUGACAUGCCUUUCAGUGAAAGAUUUGGUCUCGUAAUAUUUAUUUGUCUCCACAAGAAUUUUUUUUUGAUCCUCUUCUCUGUAAAGGUGGUCACGAAUCUCUCCCCAGGCUUCCCUCAUUCAUCUUCCGCUCAAUUCUUAUACUACACAGAGAAUUAAAAGUGUGAAAUUGUGACUAAAAUGAAUUAUAUUCGUAAGAGCCAUAUGAACUUUAGGAUCGUCAUCGAGGGUAAUUUAAUUCCAGUAGAUUUGUAUAUAGGUUAAAACAUAGAGGAAGGGUCACGAAGGUCGAAUGUUCUCUUCACUUUGGUGUUAUAUUGUUGCCACGAGGUUUGCACGUGGGAUUGGCUUUUAAAGACAAACUUCUGUGCAUAGAAGUGACUAAGUCAAACAUUACAAAGAAACGAAAGUUUAACGAGUUGGUUGGUUGUUUUGUUACACUCAAGCUAGUAACUCUUUUGCAUGAAGGGCUUUGAAUAUUUCACAUGAAGUCGUCUUUGGAGACUGUUUAGAAAAAGAAGAUUUGCCGUGGUCUCGUACAUGUUCAGAAAAGGGUUUCAUCUUGAAAGAUUGACU